AGCACUCUAAGAUCUGGGCAUUCUUUCAUUCACCCAGCGCAAAGGAUGCCAUUCCACCACUAGGCAUAAGCCGCUUAUCGAAGGCCUGGGCCGGAGUUAGAGCUCAGGAGCUCGAUGGCUUGCUGCAGCUGCUUUGGUCCCGGCACUCCCAGCAGCUUUCCCCCCAGCGGCAAGAAGUACAGCCGCGAGCUGCAGAGCUUCUCUGAGCUGAUCUACGAUGCGGGCGGCAGAGAGGAGGGGCGCCUGGGGGGGUAUGGCUCCACCACUGGCCUCCUGCGUAGGAGGAGUGGCCCAGAUGGGAGGAACGGGGGGACGGUUGAGCGGCACGCGUCCGCUGUGGAUGACCUGCAAGACACGCUGAGGGACAUGAGCUAUCAUGAACGUGACAAGCUCCUGAGGACAGACCUCCUUCUCUUAGCCCCGGUCGUGCGGGAGCUCUUCCCCUACCUCCCCGAAACUCACUACACAUACGUGCUGCCGUACGCUGAUGAUCUGGAUGAAAGGGCGUCCGACUACCUGGCCAGUGUCCUGGAGAGCAUGCGGAUUGACCUGGGUGCAACGGUGGUCCCGCUGCAUACCACGGGCGACGGCAACUGUUUGCUGCACGCCGCCAGCCGUGGCAUCUGGGGAGUGGAGCUGUUCUCGGACCUGCUGCGCCACAAGGUGUGCGAGGAACUGCAGGACCACCACGAAUGGUACGAGUCCAAGCUUUCCCGAGCAGAGGUUGCGGAGGCGCUGGAGCAAGUCCGUCAGCCGUACCGCUUUCUGUCCAAUCUGCACAUUGUGGCGCUGGCACACGUCAUCCGGCGGCCCGUCAUCUUAUAUGCGUCCCACCGCGACGUGCUCGACUUUGGUUGCGGUUACUAUGGCAUGGCCGGCAUGUUUGGGCCGACCCGCUUCGACGUCGAUAGCUGGUACCCGCGACCGCUCGCCGUUGCGUGGUCCAGUCACGAGCACAACCACUUCGUGCCGUUGGUGUGGAGCGCCAGCCAGGCCCCCGUGGAGUGGCCCGUCCAGGACGAGGGCCCGCGCGCCCCGCGCAUGACGCGCACGAAGUCAUUCGACAUGCACGACCCGUUUGCGGUGCCGCCGGAGCACCGCGCGCUGCUGUGGGCGCGCGCCAGGGGGGUGCCGGUGCCGCGGCCCGUCUUUGUGCAGAGGCUGGUAGAACAGAUCCGGCAACAGGUGGUGCAGCUGCAGGGCCACAUGCUCGCGCGCAUGCUCGACUCGGGGGCCUUGGACCAAAACCACCACGAAGAGGGCAACCAGGACUGGGCGUCAGCUCCGCUGCAGCCCCCCCCGGCUUCUUCGAUCGCCCUUUCUUUCGCCCCCUACGAAGCCCAAAACCCCUCCCAUGCAAACGGGCGCAGUCAUGCCUUUGAGUACGAGAAAAGUCAACAGAACGGGGACGUUUUCGAGGCCCCCGCGCCCCCUCCCUUCCAACCGGCGUUCUUCGCAAACCCCCUCCACGCCCCUGCCGAGCAAGGCGCCGCGGCGAGCCCGUUCGACCCGUUUGACCCCGCGGUUGGUGCGACUAACCCGUUUCUUAACCAGCUGCCCCGCUCAGGCACGUCGUAUAGCGAUUCCACCCCGGUAUCCUGGCCCCCUCCGAAGCAUGACACCGAAACGUACUCCACGGUACGGCACAACAACCUCAGCAGCCACGUGGCUGCCUCCUCAGUCGAGGGCAGCAUCUCUGUCGACCCGCACGUGUACCACAGCAAACCGCUCGGGAGGAUUCAAACCGGGUCCCAAGCGAGCGCGGCGCACCAAGAAACGGGGCCGGGGGGGAGUCCCCGACCGGCCAACCGGAGCCCCAGAACCCCAAAGCCGGGCUCGGUCCUUAACCCUCUGUCAGAACUUAACCCUCUAGCCGCUCUUAAUGGCUCCACACAAAUUGACCACAAUUCCGCAAGCCCAACCAUUCGUACGCCGAAAUCGGACACGGGGCUUGGUCUUGCAUCCGGUGAUGCUGUCCGAAACUCAAAGUCGCCGUCCGGAGAAGGGGCGAAACGGCGCGCUUCUGAAGGGCCCUUCGCGGAUCCGGUGGUUAAGCGGACUGCCCGACGGUUGUCCGCCGAACCCCCCUCACAUGACACAGCUCAGAGAAGGUGGAAAGUCGCUUCGCACACGAUUCGGGGCGCCGUCCGGAUGCGCCGGGCAGCUCUGGCGGUGAAAGUGGAUCUGCCGGCGGGGCUCAAAGGGGGAUCCCCCUGGUGGAAGCCCGGGGGAGACGAGGGAAGGCUAAAAGUUCGGGAAGGGGAGGACCCGAUCCUGCGGGCGCAGGCCAUCUCUCGUUCUCUCAGCACACGGACAAGGAUCCCGUUGCAGUCACAAGCGUCCGGUGAGGGCGGUAUUCCGGCGGAUUCGGAAGGGAACGGAAGCGCUCUGGCGACCGUGCCGAAGCCAGGGGGCCAGCUUAUGAAAAAAGUGUCGGGCGAUGUGCUGGUGCACAGUGGGCAGUAUUUGAAGGACGAGCGGGGGCGCGUGGUGUGGGUAUCGCUGGCGAAGCAGAUUACGCGGAAACUGGAAGGCGUCGCGGUGGCGGAUGCUGCGCUGCAAAUACUGGCCAAGCCUUGCCCCAUGCACCACUACGCGGCAGCGGCAUCGCGGCAGCCCGAGAUUGCGAUGCUCGCCGCCACAAUGGUGCGGCUCGCGGCAGAAUACCGGCUGCUCACGGCGAAACCGCUCCCAGGCAUCCGAGUCUCUCUGCCAAACGAGGACGACCUAUUCGUCUGCCACGCUGUCCUAACCGGUCCCCAGGGCACUCCCUGGGAGGGUCGCUUCUUCCCGGUCGAAAUUCACGUGCCUCCCGAAUAUCCUCGGAGGCCCCCCGACAGUGUGCGCUUCUUGACCGAGAUAUUUCACCCUAACGUCGAUCAACAUGGAGUCCCGUACCUAGACUUUGUAGCUUCACGGAGUGCGAAGCCGGGGUCGAGCCCGACCCGGGAAGAGCUGGUGAGUACAAGGAAGGGAGGGGCAAAAGAACUGGGAAAAGAUGGGGAAAGCCGGAGCGGUGAGGUAGUGUCUGCGUCAGCUGGUGAAGAACUAGGAGGGGCGGAGAGCCGCACGGCCGACGAGAUCGUUGUUGCCGCGGAACGGCUUCUGUCCGUUGCGAGUCUGAAUGCGGAGUCCGAAUCGGGGGAUGCGUGCUCGGGAACUAGAGAGGGCGGCAGCGGUGCAUAUGACGGAAAAGGGCAGAGGGGACGGCAGUGGGAUCCAUACCAGGGGCUGAGCUUCGUCUUGAAGAGCGUACAACAAUUGCUUUGGGAUGUGGACCUAGAGAACGUAGUAAACAAUGAGGCAGCGGCUUUGUUCCGCCAAGAUAGAGCGGAGUGGGAGCGCCAAGCGAGGCGAGCUGCCCUCGCCAGUGGAAUAUGUCACAGUAACAGCUGAAAGCUUCUCUUGAACACGAUUGCUUCCUUACUGUCAAAAAAUCCGGAUCUGGUGGCUAGCUAGGAUUUAGGGGCUGCGAUCCGUGCCUCGAGAUGCGGAAUCUGCUCAGCAUAACUGCUUACUCGAGAUAGGUACUGUACAAAACACAGUCCUAUGGGAUAUACAAUUUGAUCGACAAGGACUCCUUGAGAUUGCAUGAUUGGUAGCCGGCGGCCUGCAAUGAU